GUCUCGCGCGAAAAGCGGGCGAGGAAAAAAAAUGCACACCAUUCAUUAUUAAGUUCUCAGAUUAAGACUCGACGUGGGUUUAGUAAGGCAGAGACUCUCGGUCUGGUCGGAUAACUUGCAGCCCGUCGCGAUCGGUAACGCUUGUAAGAGGAUCAACACGCGCGCAUAUAUGUUUUGUAAAAGGUUGAUUUGCGAAAAUUGGCGUCUUCCGUGUUUCCACCCGGGCGUGGUGAUUGCGGGUUUUCACAAUCAGUAGCUGCAACAACGUUGCUCCCAAGGAGUGCACCUAGUGAUCAAUCCUCCAUAGCGAGAGAGCGCUCUGUUUUUUGUUUCAUUGAAUUCUGAUUGUGAAGUGUUAUUACCUUAAACUUGUUUGAAUUUCAUAUAUCGUCGGUUUAUUGAAUCAAAGGAAAAAAUGGGCAAAAUGCAGAAUAAAUUGUUCCUAGCAGUGAUCGUGGUGAUUAGUGUGAUUGCUUGUCAAGCGACUCAGCGUUCGGAUAGUGAUAACAGUGAGAAUCUUAGUCAGCAUUCAUCGAAACAGCUAGCUCAUCGUCAUCAUAAUCAACAUCAUCAACAUAAGCUGAGCUCGGUGUCCUUAGGCGGCAGAAAUUCCUCUCGUUACUCGCUAAUUGGGAGCGGAAACAAUUAUCAUCAAAUUGCGCAUGGCUAUCAUCAUCAUCAGACUCCUAAUGAAGGCCAACAAGCGCACAAUUGGUACCCUAGGAGUCCGGGUCCAACCCACCAGAAUCGUCGAUCGAAUCAUCCUGGACAUCCACGGUGGAAGCCUACAACAGCUUCUACAACCAACCCCCGGACUAACCAGCCUGGUGGUAAUACCGUAGGAGUACGACACGUGAAACGCAUGCUGAAACACAACAAUCACAAUAGGAAUGUUACCGGAAAAAACGUUUGCAGUGAGAAACGAACCGUCCACGUGCCAAUCUACAGGAAAUCGACCGUGAAGCACUACAUCCAACCCUGUCUGGACCAGAAGCUGUGUACAGAAAUUCGUGCAAACUAUGAGCCAACAUAUCAUCCAGUUAAACGAGAAGUUUACGUGUGUUGUGCAGGAUGGGAAACCUCAACCACCAUCGCGGACGGUUGCCACAACCCCAUCUGUCGGUCGCAGUGUCGGAAUGGAGGUCGCUGCACCGCACCCGAUACGUGUAGCUGUCCAGCUGGGUACGCGGGGUCCCUGUGCGAGCAGGAUAUCAACGAGUGCAAGAUAGACAAGCCGUGCGAUCAGACAUGCUACAACACGGAAGGCUCGUACUAUUGCACAUGCCGGGAAGGGUUUAUUCUUCAACCAGAUCGUCAGAGCUGCAAGAAAAUUGAUACCACGAACGAUGUUGCCACCGAGGCUAAAGAUAUGGAGAGUGAUGUCGAUUACGAUAGUCUCGAUACACGGUUAACGAAAUUAGAAAAGAUAAUCUUGAACGAAGAUCGUAGAUCACUAUCGGAAACCCACGAGUUGAGCCAGAAAGUUCAAUACGCGUUGGAUGCCAUUUCGUCGCUAAGAUCUCAAGUUUCUCGAUUGACACAAAGGCUCUACCCUACCGUGGAUUACGAGAAUCGAAUCAACUGAUUGUGAGAGCAGCCACGGAGCAGAAUAAUCGCUUGCUGCCAAGUCAGUGGGGGAAACUCGAAUCUCAACGAUGGAGGGUGUAUUUAUUGUAAUUAGUUGUAGGCGGUUUUAAUAUAAGCAUUAUAGAAUAAUAUCCGAAGGUAAAAACAAGCGACUUAUCAAAAAUAACAGCGUAGUUCUACGUCACAAUGCGGUCGCAUCUUGGACACAACUUCAUAUAUAUUUUUUUAAAUUGAUUUCAACCAAACGAACUUUUUUGUAAGUGUCCAACCAUAUGCGGUACGACAUCGGUCAAUCAAACGUCAGCAAUUGUUCGGUGAAACUCAAAGCAUAUAAAUCUCUGCCGUAAGUGGAUGUUUUCCCCUGAAAGGCUGUCAUCGGCGUCCAGUUUUGCGUGCUUCACGUUCAGUGUCUACGCUUCACAAAUCCAGAGAGAAAAAUCAUUUCUUUGAUUUUUUCAUCGAAUUUCUCGAGAAAAAAACGCUAUAUUUAUUGUCCUUACAAAUCUAAGAGCGGAAAAUAGGAGGAAGAAUAAAUGAAAUUAUGUAGAUGAAAAGUAAU